AUGGCUCGCCCUCCUCCUUCGCCGCACAAGCCGCGACGCCGGCCCAGGCUCGACCAGGGCAAGCUAUCCAAAUCGGAGGCUUUGGUUCGCGCCCCGGCGUUUCCUCUGGCGUCUUUCCUGUGGCCGGCUAGAAGUUCGGUAUCGCAAUGGGAGGUGCUUCCGCUCAUCCUCAUGGUUGCUGGUCUGUUUAGGUGGGCGGCAGGCCUCUGGGGAUAUUCCGGAUUUCACCGGCCUCCCCUCUUUGGCGACUACGAAGCUCAGCGACACUGGAUGGAGAUCACGGCACACCUCCCUAUUUCGCACUGGAUCUGCGGAAAGAUUGGCAACAUAAUCAACCCAGCGUGGUUCGCCCUCUUCACCUCGAGGGGAUCGGACGACCCGACCCUCAAGAUCUUCAUGCGCGCGACCGUCAUCGUAUCGGAAUACCUCAUAUUCAUCCCCGCCACUGUUAUUUUCGUUCGUCGCUAUAGCAGGCUGAAUGGCGUUUCCGCGUGGAGCAUGUCCUUGGCGCUUACCGCCUUCCUGAUGCAGCCGGCCACCAUCCUCAUCGACCACGUUCACUUCCAGUACAAUACCGUCAUGCUCGGGUUUGUGCUCGCCAGCAUGUCGAGCCUCCUUGCCGAGCGCUACAUGUGGGCGGCGGUGUUUUUCGUGGCCGCCCUUGGGUUCAAGCAGAUGGCGUUGUACUACGCCUUUGCUAUCUUCAGCUACCUACUCGGCAGCUGUGUGACCCCCAUGGUACACCGCGUCUUCCCCUUUGCGCGCGGUCUCUUCGAGGACAAGGUUGCCAACUUUUGGUGCAUCCCUCGUGACGACCCUCGCCGCCAUCAUCCCCCGAACCUCAUCCUGUUUCUCCGUCCGAAUAAGACGCUCCUCCCUCUCGGCUUCGCCGCUACCGCCUGGGGCUUCUUCCUCUUCAGCUACCAGGUCCACGAGAAGAGCGUGCUCCUCCCGCUGAUGCCGAUGACGCUCCUCUUGGCCGGCAAGCACGGCAUGUCCAAGGACACGCGCGCCUGGGUCGGCUUCGCCAACAUCCUGGGUUGCUGGACCAUGUACCCCCUUCUCUCGCGCGUGGACCUCCGCGUCCCCUACGCCGUGCUCACUUUCCUGUGGGCCUACCUCCUCGGCCUGCCACCCACCUCGGUCGGCGUCUACUUCUCCGACCUCCCCCAGUCGGCGUGGCUCAAGUGGGGGACUCGCAUUACACACCUGGCCUUUUACGCCGCUAUGGCGGUCUGGCACGCCGUCAACGCCUUUGUGCAGACGCCGCCGUCCAAGCCCGACCUGUGGGUAGUAGCAAAUGUUGGCAUCGGCGCCGCGGGGUUCUUGAUUUGCUACGUUUGGUGUGUGGCAAGGUUGGCCGUCGACAGCGGGCUGUUGAAUAAGACUCCCAAAACGAAGACACAAUAA